AGCGACUGUGUUAGUUCAUUGCACGUUGAAUUUUUUCACAACUGAUUGUUAUUAUUGUUUAUUUCGAUCUACAUAUAUAUUUUUAUUGUUUCAAAAUGAAUUUAUAUUUGACAUUCGAUAUUUAGCUCAUUUAAUGAUGAUCAAAAAUGGAAUUUUUCUCCUAUUUGGCUUCAUUUUUUAUAUUGAUGAUGACCAUUUGGUCCAUCAAUUCGAAUCGAUCUCUUGUAUUUGCUAAUCUGGACAACACUUUUUUUGCCAUGACAAUGAAAUCAUAUAGAAGUCCGGCUAAUUGUUAUCGACCGGUAAAACGUUGCAUUCCAUUGAAUGUAUCUUUACCAUGUUUAGAUGUAUCAUUACCGUAUAAAUUUACAGCCUAUUCGUUACCAUUCGAACAAUCAUCAUCAUUAUCAUCAGUAUUAAUGAAUCAUCAGCAAAUGAUUGAGAUGACACGUUCCUAUUUGGAUGGUUGGAAAGGUCUACGAUCUAUACCGCAAUGUUGGAAAGCAUUACAGACUGCAUUGUGUGCAUCAUUCUUUCCACGAUGUGAUAAUGACAGUUCACGUGUCAUAUUGCCCACAUAUGAAAUGUGUCGAUUAACACGUGCACCAUGCCGUAUUAUUGAUGAACAUUUUCGUUGGCCAUCAUUUCUUCAAUGUGAAAAUGAAACAUUUUUUCCUACCAAAUGUCCGAAUUCAUAUACAGAUCUAAAAUUUUCUACAACAAUUGUAAAUAGUCGUUGUCCAACACCAUUGGUAUCAACUGAUGAUAGCCGUAUCUUUUAUCAUGGAUUUGAUGGCUGUUCAUUACAUUGUAUAAAUCCUGUCUAUAGUAAUGAACAAUAUGAAGAAAUGUCCAAAAUUAUCGCCUAUGGAUCUGUAUUAGGAUCAACAGCCACGUUGUUUGCCAUUUGUUCUUUUCUUAUUGAUCGUGCCUGUUUAAAACGUCGUUUCUAUACAUCUGUCAUAUUUUAUCUGAAUUUAUGUAUGUUAUUAGCGACAACUGGUUGGAUGUUACAAUUGCUCAAAGGUCGUAACGAUAUUGUAUGCCGAUCAGAUAAUACGAUUCGUUAUGGAGAGCCAUCAAAAUCAGAUCAUUUCUAUUGUUGUCUAUCAUUUUUGCUCAUCUACUAUUUUUCAUUGGCAGCAUCUAUAUGGUUUGUGCAUUUAUUUCGCGUUUUUUACAAAACAUUUUAUGGACUUUCCACUGGUAUGAAAAUGGAUUUCAAUAAAUUCCAUUUCCACAUGUUCUCCUGGUCAAUACCACUUAUAAUGACAAUAUUGAUAUUCUUGUUGGGUGAAAUUGAUGCCGAUCCAUUACGUGGUAUUUGUUUUGUUGGCACUGUCAAACCAGUAUAUCGUAUUAUUUUUGUACUUGUUCCUCAAACGAUUUGUAUUUUUACUGGUCUUUAUCAUGCAUGUCGUACAGUGUUAAUAUUAUUUAAAGCCAAACAAAAAUGUGAAAAUCAAAAUUCUCGUCGAAGUGAUAAUAUUCAUUGGGCUUUGAUACGAAUAACAUUUUUCUCGACGGCCAUACUGGUUAUCUAUCUAGUCACAUCGGGCGCUUAUUUUUAUGAAUUGUAUAUCAAAGACAAAAAUCUCAGACAAUUCAAUGAUCAUCUUGUUUGUGAACUCAACAUUAGUACUGUAUUACCAGCUAAAUAUCUUUUUAACAAUGAAUCAUUACAGAACAAAUAUAAUCAUCAAUCAAAUUCAUUGUCAAAUGAACCUUAUGAUAUUUAUGGAAAUGGCUAUGUAAGUUCAUGUCGUCAAUAUGAACCACCGAAUCUAUGGUUUGUCUGUUUACAAUUGAUUGCCAUAUUUUGUUCGCCCAUUCUAACAUCAAGCUGGAUUUGGACUCGUGCUACCAUUUCUACUUGGCGAAGAUUUCUUAAUCGUCAGCUUUGUAAUUCAAGUAAAGAAACCAAAGAAUCAUUACGAUUAAAACCAUAUGAAUUGAUUGCCAAUUCUUAUCAGAAACGAGAACAAAUCCAGCAAGGAUUAUAUGUACCCAGUCUUGUAUCCAAUCACAAUGAUCCAGUCGAUAUGGAGAUUAAUUCAGCUCAAUCACAAAGUGUAUCGACAAAUUUUCAGCAAAAUUUUGCUGCCUUAUUGAAUCGUCGAUACGCCAUUUGGGGCGGAAAUAAUAAUAACGAAAACAUGAUGUUUGUCAAACAGCAUUAUGGUCAUAAAAAUGUUGGACAAAGUGCCAAUUAUCAGCCAACCAAUACGAUAAGACCAUCAUCGUUCUUAUCUCAAAAUCUAUCCAUUUCGGAUGCAUCUCAGCAACAAGCUUCAUUCGAAUCAAUGGAACAACAACAGAUGACCGAAAUGACUACUUAUCAUCGUAACCAACGACGUAAGAAAAAAAAGGAACGUGAAAAACGGUUAUUCACUCGUCGUGAUAGUGAUACAUCCGGUAGUAUAAUAUCAGCUGCAUUCACUGCUGCAAAAGCGGCAAAUAGAUUACGUGAAACAACAGAAAGAUUAACAUCUAAUCAAGCCAAUCAAUCAUCGACAAAUGCCAAUACAAAUUCAUUUGUGACAAAAUCUACAUCGACAGGCGACUUAUUCAACAUUCUAUUUGGCUCAACAUUUGCCAACGCACCACCACAACCAACGGCAGCCAUGUUAAAUGGUUAUAAUCCAUAUGCUAUGGCUAUGAUGCAAACUGCUGCAGUAGCAGCAGCUGGAGCAAUACCACCCCCACAAAUACCUCCACAUUCAUUUAUAACGCCUGGAUCAACAACUGCAGCAGCUUCCGCUUCAACAACUAUGACCCAAAUUGCUUCUCAUACAUCACCGAACCAUGCACAAACCAUUCUAAUGAAUGGAUCAAACUGUCCACCAACAAGUAUGGCAUCAAAUCAUAAUGAACAACUUAUCACUGGAACCAGUGGAUGUGUACGUAUGCAAAAAGAUCAAUGUGUUUCAACAUUUGCUUUUACUCAUGGUAUGUCCGAUCAAACGAGCCAUACGAUAAUCAAUCCUAUGAUAGAAAAACGACGACCAGAUAGUUCUAUACGUACAACACAACAACCAAAAACAAAUAAUAAUAAUGAAGUUGCCUUUUCGAAUCUGGUUAUCGUCAAUCAGGCUGCUGCUGCUGCUUCUACGAUCAUUCCUUUCGCCAAUGCCAACUAUAUGAUGAAUACAAUGUCAACAAAUCAUGCAGCCGUUACACCUGCCACCAUAUAUCCGGUUCCAAAUGUUGCGACCGCUGCUUACCAUCAACAUCAAAUGUAUACGAAUGGUCAGGCAGCAGCAUUAGUCGCUGCAGCUGCAGCUGCCUAUGGUGGAUAUCCACCACCAACGCAACCAUUACCGGCUAAUAUGAUUGCAGCGGCAUCAUUACCACGAUAUUACAAUACACAAGCCGCAUUCCUUGCUUAUCAACAAUCCAAAAGUUUGGCUGAAAUAGAAAAUCUGAUGCGUGAACAUGAAAAAUUCAAAAGUCUAAUAACCGCUCAUCAAAGCGAUACGGAAAGUAAUUCUGAAUUUUUUCCUAUACAUCUGACCGAAUCUGAAUCAUCUAGAAAUGGUUACUAUUCCGAUGAUCAUCGACAAUUACAAUCAUCAAGAUUAUUAGUACAGGAACGUAUGAAACAAGUUGAAGAUCAAGUAGAUCAACAGCUAAAACAGGAAAAAAUUAUUAAUCAAAACGAAAAUGGUGAUGAUGAUGAUGAUGAUGACGACGAAAAUGAU